AUGUCAGAAAACAACGACAAAAGCUCAGAUCAGAAACCAAAAGUUACAGGGAAUACUAAAGAUGUUUCUGAGGAAGACCUUUCAUCAAUUGAUCCAUCUGAAAAAUGGCUGAUUAGAGAUUGUGAUGUGUACAAAGAUGAAUAUGAUGAAUGUACUAGUUUUAGAGGGAGAUUCCAUCAGUAUUUCAUUUAUGGUGACACAUUGGAUUGUAACCAAUGGAAGAAGGACUACACAAACUGCUGUAAAUGGGUCGAUAACAAUGAUGUAAAAGCAGGGAAAGCUGUAAUCCAAAGCGAGACAACUAGACGAUUGGAAAGGUUAAGACCUCACUACCAGAAUAAUGUUUGGAAAAAAAGAGAGUCCCCUCCUGCUGACUGGGACAAACCUUUACCUGAAUGGUUACAGAAAAGAGACGAAAAUUCAUAUCUUGCAUUAAAAGCCAAAGAAAUGAAGGAGGGUAAAGAAGAAAAGACAAGUUCUUGUUGUAUUAUGUAA